AUGUAUGUUUUAAGGAAGAAAAAAAUUGUCCCCACUCUCCGAAUCAAACUUAUCAAGGCUGUUGAUGCACUAAAUGGAAAAGUGUUUAGUGGAAAAGUAUUGUAUACAGGGCGUGCUCGACAGACUGAGCUCAAAGGAAAGUUUGAUCAGAUUAAGAUGGAAAGCAUCAAUAGGUACCAGGGAGUCAACGUGUAUGUCAAGAAUCUAGAUAACAAUAUUGAUGACGAACGAUUACGAAAAGAAUUUGCUCAGUUUGGUACCAUUACCAGUGCUAAGGUCAUGUCAGAGAGAGGUCGAUCCAGAGGCUUUGGAUUCGUAUGCUUCAGUUCCCAAGAAGAAGCUACCAAAGCUGUUACUGAAAUGAAUGGAAGAAUUGUGGUGGCAAAGCCCCUGUAUGUUGAUUUUGCUCAAAGGAAGGAAGAACGUAAGGCUCGCCAGUAUAUGAAGCAUAUCACUAGCAUGCGAAUGCAGGGACAGCAAAUGGGACAGGUGGGCCAGAUGUUCCAACCAGGUGGGGCUGGAUACUUUGUCCCAACAAUGCCUCAAGCUCAGAGAUUCUAUGGUCCCAACAACAUGCCAACCAUGAAAACCAAUCCAAGAUGGCAGACAACUACUGUUCGACCAACUGGUCAGCCUGCAAGUGGACAUUAUGUUCGAACACGUUAA